AUGUCGAAUGACGAGAAAAUACCUAUCAAACAGACCCAUUUUACAAAUCCUUUGAUGCCUCCUUUGCCUAGUGUUUUGGAGGAAGAAACAAAUACCGACUCAAACCCUUUCAGUCCUGCGACUGAGAUAAAACACGAAGUAGACUCUGUGCGCGUUCGUUUACCCCCAUUUUGGUCUGCCAACCCGGCGACCUGGUUCAUUCAGGCGGAAGCGCAAUUUUCGGUUUAUAGAAUAACCAGUAGGAAUACCAAAUACUGUCUAACUGUGUCUGCAUUACCUCCAGAUACACUAGAUUUCGUGAUCGAUAUUUUAAAAAAUCCACCAAGUUCGCAGCCGUAUGAAACUCUAAAAGGGGCUCUCGUGGAAAGACAUUCGCUUUCCGAAAUUAAAAAAUUGGAAUCUCUCCUAGAUCGAGAAGAUAUUGGUGAUCGCAGGCCAUCCGAAGUCUUUAGGUCCAUGCGGAUGCUAGCGGGUAGCUCAUUUAAUGAAAGUAUUAUCAGAAACUUGUGGCUUCGUCGUUUACCGCGCAACCUUUACAUCACCUUACUGGCCGUGUGUGAUAGGCCUAUGAAUGAGCUCACUUCUUUAGCAGAUAAAAUAUAUGAGGCUUCUCAAUCCGCGCUUUUAAAUGCAGUUUCGAGAACGAACAACGCGAAUAUAUGCGCUAGUUCUCCAGUUUCGAGUAAAAUCACCGACACUUCAUCUAACUUUGAAGACCGUUUGUCGAGGAUUGAAGAAAUGCUAGCAAAACUCAAUACGGGAUCAACUUUUCGAAGUCGUUCUAGAAGUCGGAAUUCCAGUCGAAAUAGGUCCGCCUCUGGACAACCCUUGUGUUGGUAUCACAAAAAAUUCGGGCGCGACGCGCUGAAAUGUGUAGGACGAUGUAGAUUUUCCUCAUCCUUUCAUAGGGCGAACGCUUCCACAAAAACGAACUCCCCAAACUAA